UUAAAUGCAAAACCGUUAUAACAUAUUUGCACAAUUGUUUUCAAACCUUAUAUAUUGUAUUCAUUUUUAAAUUUACGCAAAUCAUUGAAAGAUCACUCGAAACUGAAUUGCCAUGAACAUAACUGCAGAAAGGGCGUAUCCCACGCCCCUGGCGAACUCUCCUCUUUUGCCCAUGCUUCUCCUUUCCUUGGCGACACAACGAAACGCCCCAAAACAAUCAUCGACUUUUAAGAAACAAUAUGACUAUAUCGUAGUGGGUGGUGGUUCCGCUGGAUCGGUGGUGGCAAGUCGUUUGUCCGAAGAGCCAUGUGUGUCCGUGUUGCUGUUGGAGGCUGGUGCAACGAAGCCACCUCUGCUAAAUGAUGUACCAGCUCUGAGUAGAUUCUUUUGGUUCACAGACAUUGACUGGCAAUACAAGACAGUGCCUCAAAAGCAUGCGGCAUACUUUCUUGAAAACCAGCAAGUGAUCUGGCCGAGCGGGAAAGGUCUUGGUGGAUCCAGCCUUCUGAAUGCCAUGCUGUACGUCAGAGGUAACAAAAAGGAUUACGAUGACUGGGAAGCGCAAGGGGCAAAAGGAUGGAGUUACAAAGAUGUGUUACCAUAUUUUUUAAAGCUGGAAAACAACACGAACUCCGAUUAUUUAAACAAUGGAUAUCAUGCCACUGGUGGACCAAUAACUGCUGAAAAUCCAAAAUACCAAUCAGAAAUUAGGCGCCCUCUUUAUGAAACAGCGCAAGAACUUGGUUACAGAAUUCUGGAUUCGAAUGCUGCACGUCAAACAGGUUUUAAUGACUUGCAGGGUAACAUAAGGAAUGGACAACGAUGUAGUACAGCCAAAGCAUAUCUUGUGCCGGCAGAAAAUCGCACUAAUCUGGAUAUUAUUAAAGGAGCUCAUGUAAAAAAGAUUCUUUUUGAUGGUUCACGAGCUGUUGGCGUUCAGUUCGACUACAGAAAUACGGAAUACAAUGUAAGAGCGCGGCAAGAAGUAAUCAUGUCAGCUGGCACAGUUAAUACUGCACAAAUUCUUAUGCUUUCCGGAAUUGGACCUAAAGAACAUCUUAAAAAGCUAAAAAUUCCAGUUAUUGCAAACUUGCCAGUUGGGAAUAACUUGCAAGAUCAUUGUUGUUGCCCGUUACCUUUCACAUUCGACUCAAAAACAAUAGAUGAAAAACUCCAGGAUCCUCAAAACAUUAACGCUUAUGUGAAUAACAGGACAGGUCCAUUAUCGUCCGUAGAAUUUAUAUCAGUGAUAGCGUUCUUGAAUGGUAAAGGAGUCUCGCCAAGAGAAGAUUUUCCAGAUUAUCAGCUUUAUUUCAUAGAAAUAAACAAACAAAUCGCAAAGUAUCAGACCGGUCUAAAACCUCUAUUAUACGAUUUGGCUAUCUCACCGUACGAAAAUGAUCCCUUGUUUGCAUGUUUGAGUAGCAUAUUGCAUCCCAAAAGUAGAGGAACUGUCAGACUGCAAUCCACCAACCCUUAUGACCCACCUUUAAUUGAUCCCAACUAUUACGAUGAUCCUGCAGAUGUUGAAGCCGUUGUUAAAGGUCUGAAGACUUGUCUGAAAAUUGGAUCAAGUAAGUCUAUGAAGAAAGUGGGUGCCAAACGCUUCUUUGAAACCUUUCUUCCGAAACUCUCAGAUUUAAUACCAGACCUCCUUCGAGACGAAUACUUGAGGGUGCUAGCAAAAAGCUUUGUUCUCACUCUAAAUCAUCAAGUAGGAACCGCUAAGAUGGGAGAUCCAAAAGAUCCCACCACAGUUGUCGACCCUGAAUUGAGAGUGAAAGGCAUACAAGGACUCCGCGUUGUUGAUGCUUCAGUUAUGCCCAUCAUCCCAUCAGGAAACACAAACAUCCCGACUAUAAUGGUUGCAGAAAAAGCAUCGGAUAUCAUCAAGGACUCAAUGCCGUGCAGGACUAACGCUAGCAAGGACUAAUGCUAAAUUAUUCAUAAUUUAGAAAUGAACUUGCAGGUGAAUUCUCAAAUAUGCCAAAGCGGGGCUUUGAAUACAAUAACAUAUUUACCAGAUUGUUUAUAA